AUGGUCAUUGCGCAGGUGGAGGUCCGGCGAGUUUCGUUUUUAGCAUGCAAGGAGGGGGAGGAGGUGGGUGCGGUGGAUGCUCUGAGGCGAUGCGCCGACGCCGAGGGGGAUGAGGACACCGUUCAGUGCUUCCUGUCGCUCAUUGCGCCGUCUGGCAUAGAGUUGAGCUGCCAUACCGCGCUGCCACAUGAGACGUACACAGGGGAGGCGAAGGAGUUGAGGGUUUAUUGUGCAACGAACGAAGAUCUACAGGACAUUUGGUUUUCGGUACGGGAAAUAUGUGGGACCCGUGCGGAAUUGGACGGUGACAACGUGACACUGCCGUGCCGCCUGUGGUGCCUCAAGAGCACAGCGAGGCGACAGUGUCAGAGAGACACGGCAAGUGAUGCCUCGUCGUGUAGUCACUACACUUUUUCUUUUUUAAAUUCCUCUGGAAGCGACGAAGACGAGGACGGUGAGGAUGCCGAUGCGUUCCCCACGUCGAAUUGGCAGCUGCUUGCCGAGGGCAGACUGCGUUUCAUGGAGUAUGGCCUGCAGACUGUAGAGUUAGAGAUGGACCCUGUGGCAAUGGACCGCUCGGGGGCUUUUGUGUCCGUGUUGUUUUUUGUUGCCCCACGUCUGCAGUGCACAUUGGAGGAAACUGGGGCGAACUUGCUGGAGCAGGAGGACGACAAUCCUCCUAUGUGGAUGCGUUUAGAAGCACACGAGAGCUGUGAUCCUACAUCUCUCCGAGACAUCUUCUCUUCCGAUGAUGACGAAGAUGAAGAGGAGGAAAAGGAGAAGGAAGAUGCUGAUAAUGAAGGAGAGGAAGGGGAGGAUUUGAAAACUUUUGUUGAUUCUCAUGCGGCAGCACCCAGUGAAGAAGAUCUCGUGAAUGUUUCUGAUGUCUCUGAGGCUUUUGACGUUGAGGGUGCUGCAAAUACUUCCGCCGAGCCCCCAUGUGCCAUGAGGAAGAGGAGCGGCGAGAGGGACGAGGCGGGUGCGGCUGCGGGGGCCGUGCGGGAGAGCGAUACUCACGCGGAGCCACAGCGCACUAAAAUGAUGGUCCUGUCGUCUACAUCCGAUCUGCCUGAGCGCACCGCAGCACGGUGGGUGUUGUUUGUCGAUAUGGCGCCUUGGAAUCUGCAAAUGCCCACCGAUGAAAAAAGCAUUGAAUAUGCCUCAACCGGUGAAACUGGGAAUGAUUUUUGCGACACCGCCGAGAGAUUGUGGCGGCUGACGUGUUGCAAGGCCGAUGGACACGUGUUGGCCUGCGGCUCUUCUUUUUACGAAUCAGUCUGCUCUCACCAUGGCUGGUCUGACGUGAUUGUGGCAAUCGAUGAUGACAUUCUAGCGGUUGCCGUUGUGUCAUUGCAGCUGCAGGCUCUGCUGCCUGUUGAGGUUGGCGAUGAUGUCAACAAGAACAAAAAAGACGCUUUUUUGCCGUUGGAGAAUAACGUGCCACUUCCAAAUUGCCUAAUGCGAUGGGUGCCGGUGGCAGUGUCAACACAAAUACCGAUUGCGGAUCUUCUUGUUUCAUCUGCAGACGCAUGCAUGUAUUCUGUACCGCUAUAUGCGACGACCACAGGCAAAACUUUUGCCCUGUCGUCUUUCUUUCCCUUUCGGAAAGGUAAAGCGUUGACGGUGCAGGCAAUUUUGGACCGGUUGCCUGAAGUGGUAGGUACCUCUGACAUGACGGGGUGGAUGAAGGCACAACAACGCGUUGCCGCUCAAUUCCAUGAGGAAAUGUCGGGACAGGUGCGUGGCCGUUAUUUGCCCGAGGAGCAGCUCACAGUGCCCCGGUGCAUAGACGCGGUCUAUUCCGUUGCACUUCAUGUGUGUUUUGCGGUCUCUCAGCAGCUGUGCCCUCAUGUAGACAUGGGUGUGGCAUAUCCUUUUGUCGCGCUCACUAUUAGCGGAGGAUGUGAGUUGUUGCUUCACGCAUCCGGCGAGAGGAAAGAAAAGGAUCGGGAUGAUCUCCGACGUGCACCAGUGGUAAGAUUUGAUGCGCGUGUACAAACAACCUUGGAUGAGGGUCAUUCCGUUCUGCUGCUAACGCUGCACAGUCCGGUCGCGCCAGAAGUCGUAUUUGGGCGGGCUGUUCUUUCCAUUUUUGAGUUAUCGCCCAUGUCUACCGGCCGCCUUUGGCUUCCACUUCGAAGUGGCAGGGAAUUGGAAUGCGAGACAUGUGACGGCUGUGAUCCGAGCCCAUUGUUGGAUCCACCUCCUGUGGGGUGGAUUCACUGCAGCUAUGAAUGUAUCCUUCUCUCUGAGGAGCGAGCGAAUUCGGCUGCUUUUUUGGCAAAUCAGGAGUUACUCCAACAGCCUCUUCUGCUUGCCGCACCACUCUUUGUGCCGAAGUAUUUUGCUUCUCCUUCUAUUGUAGCCUCACUCAGGUGGAACUGUUUGCGGCUUUGUAUUGUGGAGGCGGUGGAUGUCUGUGGGGUUCUGGUGCGUUCUGGGAGGUGGAAAGAGAAGAGGGGCGUGUACGCGAGGGUGGAUGUGCUCCCACCGCCCCAUUCUGCAUCGUAUGCGGAUAGUUCCACGGUUACUGUGGCAUUUGCCACACCCGCACUCGUUUCUCAUAAUCCCCGCUGGGUUUGUUGUGGCAGCCUAACUAUUGCUGCAGACACGACACACCUUCUUAUUCGGCUUUUUGAUGAACUAGACGGCGGCGAUGGUCUGCUGGAUGGAGACACGGCGGGUAUAGGGGUCAUUGAUAUCCCGCGUGUCACCAACUCAAGAUUUUGGACCACUCCUACAGGAGAAGCAUGGCUGCCACUUAUUGCCCCGAGAAGGGGGGCAUCUCCAUGUUAUCACGGGGCAGUUUUCUUGCGGUGGACAUUUAGUAGCCGGGAUGAUCCGCACAUGGAUGUGCUUCAUGGCACCAGGACAAGUCUUUGUCCAACUUGGUCUCUUUCCGCGCAAACCCAACCGUAUGGCACGUAUUGGGUGCAUUUUAGCUGUAUAGAGUUGCUGUGGACAUGGCUGCUCCAUCACGUUGCGUGGAAGGCGUCUUUUGCGUCGUCGUCGUCGUCGUUGCAGCGGCGUCCAGUCUUUUUCUUGUGGUUAAGGGCAGGUUAUUUUACGCACGAACUUCCCUUGGAGCCGCCAUCCGAAGGCGAUUGUUAUAUCAAUGUGCAUGGGGCGGUGUGUCUUCCGCUUACAGACCAUGUGGAGGUGGCGGUGUGUUGCCGUCAUGACUUCAAUUUCCUUCCUUGUGCCUCUUCAAAUGCACCUCUGCCCAUUCCUUCCGCGGAGGAUGGCUCCAAGGCAGUCUCUGUUGUUGGAGUGGGGGAGUUGUUACUGUCGAAGGAGGAUAGGGAUGAUAUCGUUGCCUACCACAGAUUACACCGGGUGGUGAUAAUGAUUGAGCCCCAUGUCAUGUACCCACCAUGCUCUGUGCAGGUGGGUUUAUUGACAGCGCAGAUACACGUUGCCCAAAUUGCACAGCAAGAAAGGGAUGCCCUUUUUCGUCAUGCAGCGAAACGAUGGACAUGGCCGCCUCCACAUCACUCUACACUUGUGGAACUGCGUCUAGGGAGAGUUUUCAUGUUGCAUGCGCGUACAACACUUCUCCAGUCAAGCCGUACGCCAUCGCCGCCUCGACGCUGGAUUGUUGGCGUCCGAGAGAAGGCGGGGGGCUCAGACAAGUCGAAUUCUCAUGACACCGCAAGCGCCUCUCAUGCGGACAUUAUUCAUCCUCCAGUAACCCUGAAUGCCACUGCCGCAUCCAACGUGUCACAGGGGGAGGGCAGCGAUACAUUGUAUCUUCGCUGGCCGGCAUCACCGUUUGUAGUCAGUCUUCGUCAACGUCCCUCGCCACCGAUGAUUGAACUUCUUCUCUCACGGGAAGUAGCGAAUUCCGAGGCAGUGAGCGUAGCUGUAACCACAGAACAGGUAGGAUCCGUCACACUCGACCUGCCAUACUGUUUUGAGAGGCAAAAAGGCACUCAGUUGUAUGCCAUCCGCCGCCCAUGCGCCUCACAUGCGAUUUCUGGGAGCGGCGGUGUGAUUGGUUUUGUGGAGCUGCAUUUUGCCCACAACUUUGUUCAAGAAGACGUGGGCGUUGAGGCAAAAGUCAUGGAAGCGCCGGAGAAGGUGGUGGGAGGUGAGAGAGUUUUGGUCAUUACGGUAGUGAAGGCCCGCUACCGGCAACGAAUGUGCCUCCCGCCUUCAUUGCAAAAAGAGGAGACACAAGAAACGUUGACAUCUUUUGUCGUGGGUGUGGGAGAGACGACGUGGCGUACGACAACCCAAAAGGGCAUGACGCCGCAGUUUGACUGUCAAAUGCUAUUUGAUCUUCCACGUAAAAAUAAAAAUGAGGCGGAAAUGGGCUCCGACGACGUGGUGGAGAUUCGAAUGCAGAUGCUCCCCGAGCUGUCAGUCAGUAACAGUGAUCCUACUCGGACUGUGGGGAUGAUGUUGUCGCCGCCGUUUGUCACCGCCUUUGCCUUUUUGCGGUUGUGCUAUGAUGAUGUUGUCUCUGCAGGCGAGAUGAAUUCCGGUCAGUGGGUUCCCUUGUACACAUUCGAUGAUCAUAUGAGUGUUGUGCGCAUUCUUGUGGGCGAAGUGCUUGUGCGAUGGAGUUGGAUGAAUCAGUUCUCAUGGGGCUGUGUGACGCCCUUGUCGGUGUGCAGGGCGCCGUCUUCAGCAAACCAUCCUGCCAACGACGUGCCAACGCCGCCGUCUACGAGGGGCGGGGAUGAAUCCCUUUCGUUGCCACCGCCUGUGUACCUGUCGCUGCAGGUUUGCGAUUUUGUGCACUUCAAUGGUUUCCUACUUGAAACUGCGCAGAAGAAGGAGAGAAGUGAGCUUUUUUUGAUGGUCUCCAUGAGCGAGUCGCCAAAUUAUUUAAGGCCAACAACUUCUUCGUUUCAAUGCCCUGACGACGAUCACCAACGCCACCACCACCUACAGCAGCAACAGGAAACGCAUCCGUGGGACGGGUUUGGUUUGAGAUACGGGGAUCGCACUGGGGGCGCGGCAUUCGAUCCCGUUUCGAAGCGCUGUGUGUGGAGGGAGUACUGUCUGCUUCCGUUGUUCAUGGAUGAAGGGUUGAAUUUGCGCUUUGAGGUCUACCGUUGCAGCGAAGAGGGUGGCACCACUGUUGUGGGCAGCGGAUGCUUGAAUAAUUGGGAUGUCGUGGGGCGUGGGAUUACGGCAGUUGCCAUCUUUGCAUUGGGUGACAUGCAGCCGUGCGGUGCGCUGACAGUAGCGCUGAUGCAGGCACCUCUUUAUAGGGAUUUGAUGGUCGUCUCCACCGGUCAACCACAGGAACGGGUGACGGAGUCGCCAGCAAAGGAUAAAGACAAAGGUCAGCCACAGCCGCAACUAGCAGAUGAUUUGAAAGGUGUGGAGUUUUUCCACUCAUCAUCGUCAUCACCAUCGGGGAUUGAUGUUCCGCAAUCGGCGUUGCUGCGCAUCACCGUACACAGCAUGGAGGUUUACGGCCAGAGUGUAUCACCCUCUGACGUAUGUUGGGAAUUAAAGUUACGGAGUGAUGCGACGUACGCCCCUCAGGGAAAGACAUACCAGUGGACACGUCUGGAUGCAGCCAAUAGUUUACUGGGGGACGGCCAUGGAGAGGAAUGGGUCGGUUGGAUGUGCGCGCAGAACAUGUCCACGAUAGUGAUUUCUUUUUUACGUCGCGAUGUGGCGGGAGGCAGAAGGAUGGCGCUGACGGGCAUGCGGGAUGUACACGGCUGGUUUGUUGUCAAUUUUCCCACACAGCUGUCGGGUGAGGAUUCCAGACGAUCAUUUCACGUGGAUUUGUUACGUGGUACUCCUUUUGGACCUUUUAACGAUGACUCUGUUCCUGUGGGACGGCUCUGCAUGUCAUACAGUCCGCUCCUAUACUCGGGUGUGUUGUAUGAUCCUUUUACCGUCUUUUUCAGGCGCACACUUCGUCUUGUGGUGACGGAGUUGCUCGGCGUGGUGCGUUCGAGGCGUCUGUGCUCCUCACGGCUUCAGCGGAUGUUACACGAGACAAGAGGGGUUGGUGAAACCGAAAAGGAGGAAGUAAAGGACGGGGAGCAUAACCACGACACGAGUGAGGAGGAUGCGCGUGUAUGCAUGAGGCUGCAGUGCGGAACAGCAACGGCGGUGUCGUCGCUUUUUUCCCCGCCCAUUGUGAAGGUGUCGAAGCGAAACGGCAUGUGGCAACUCGAUGAGGAAGAGCACUGCGAGACGCUGCAGUUCUUUUUGCUGCUGGACUGCAUCCCUGUGGACUGUGAGGAGGUCGCCGAUGUGCGUCUCUCACUGCAUUUAUGCCACGCGCUUGCGCAGCCGAAGCAAACAGACGGGGCCAACGCAUUGCUUGGGAGCGUCUUGAUUGGGGAAGGUGUCACACAUUUGUCAUGGUCAGGCGAAAAGGAAGGCUCGGGGUUGUCAACGACAACCGUAGCUGCUAGAGGAGGGGCGUCGAAACCAGCAGGUGAUGCCGCAUCGCUUUGGGUCCCAAUUUCUGCCGUGGGCGAGAAAUCAGCGCGAACGGCGUAUGCUCAUCUGCAAUACGCCUGGUCACAUGAGGUGAGUUUGGGCAGCUGGCUCGUGUGUAUUCGAAUCCGUUCGGUGGGACAACAAUCCACGCUUUAUCGUCCGUUUCUUUUUUUCCGCGUGCGGUUCCCGAACGGUGCGGAGCUUUGCUUGCCGCUGGAUUUAUUUUGCGCCUUCUCGACUUCUAAUCCAUCAAAUGAUGAGGGCCAUUCAGCGGCCGUGGCAACACCGCUGCGAUCCACGUGGUCCUUUUCUCACGUUCAACUGCCAGUGAUUUGGCCGUUGGGGGCACAAAUUGAAUCUGUCGAGCUGCACGAUUAUGUGGCGGCGGGGCUCACAAUUCAUGUGGGCACACAUCGGUGGUCGUCCAGCGACACGCCGCUUCUGGCGCUUCUCGUUGACCAGAAUGAAACUCAAGAGCCCCGGUCAACAGGAUCGGUUUUGUUUUCCUCUGAGCGGUGGUUGCGAUUCAAGGGUGUAGGCACCGGAGAGCAGAGGGGUGAGGCAGGGACGAGUGAGUGUGUGCAUGAGGUCCUGUUGGCGCGGUCCGCUUGUCCGCCAAGGGGAGUUGACGCGACGAGAUGCCUGCAUGUACCGUUCCACUGGUGGCCUCUUCAGGCAUCCUUGCGUUUCACCGCCUCCGGCUCCGAUCUGGUGGCGCUGGGGGCGGGUCGGCUGGCAGUGAGCUGCCGACUAUGCAUCGGCCGGUGGCAGCUGGAUUCGACAACCGCAACAGCAGGAUGGGUGUGGGAGAGAAAUGAUGACGAUAAUGAGGUAAAGGCCGAUGAGAUGUUCGCCUCCUACGUUGAAGUGGAACCGUCCACUGCCUCUGUGACGGCGACGUGGGGGACGCCCGCUAAUAAGAAUAGUGCUGCUGCUGUCGCAACUGGUGGCGGGGCGUUGAGGCGUUAUUUUUCUGUUGAAGAACUACGUGAUGGAUUGACGCGGUAUGCUGUUCGUGUGAGCGUCAUUUGCCGCACAAGAUGUGCUUCCAAAUUUGGCUCAGAGUCCACGACCCCACCCCCAGCAUCCGCGGCAUGGAAUGCGGGCGUGAAUACCGUUUACACAUACGAGGGCGUUCUUAUUGUCGAUGAUGACUGCACCAGCACUUGUGGGGAGACUCGAUUGGUGCUUGUGGAAGGUUCCGGGGUUACUGCGAGGGCGCCUAAAGACUCUGGUAGAGAAGAAAAUUCAAUCGCCAUGGCGUGGGUCAUUGCACACGAAGAGAUGAAGCUCUUUGCAACAGAGCGGGAAGACUCCCAUGCGGCACAGUUGUGUCGUCCAUUUCUGGACGCCGUGGGGAAGAUGAGACGUUGGCGACAACGCCACACGAACGAUGCACACCAGAAGCCUGAAAUGCCGUCAUGGCUGGUGACAUCGAUUGAAGUGAAAAAAUUGCCGGUUGUGUUGACGUCGAUGCCCAAUGCAACUUUGACGGCUUCCAAUGGUUUUCCCGCCACGGGAUUUAUUCCUCGGGACCUUCCUGUGUUGAUUCAUUUGGCCUUAAAGCGAUUUCGACGUUGCCAUUCCCACAAGAAAUCUGCUUCUUUGAAUGGGGAGAGGGUGGUGAUGGUGGGCGGGGGCGAAGGGGGAUUUCGCGCACGUUUUCCUCCCGUUUCUUUGCAUGCUCUUCCCGUCAACACUCAACAAAUUCGGCCACUUUGCGCCCUGCACGUGGAGCCCAUGUGGUGUAUUUCACCACAGCAUUGGAUGGAUCACAGACGGCCGCUGAAUCUCAUGCUUUGGCAGGAGCUGUCGUCUAGCGAAAAGCUCAGCUGCGUACUGGGCACUCUGCGCCUGGAUGUCCUUCUUAGAGAUGCCGCUGCUCAACGCCCUACUAGAAGUGGCGGUGAUGUUGCGAGGGAGGUUGUGACCGAUUGGCAGCCACUUCACGGCAGUGAAUUGUCAGUACAGUGCGCGGGAAUUGUACGAGUGCGAUUCCGCCCCGUUGUGCACCUACCGAGGGAGGAGCGUAUGAAGGACCGCCAGGUGCCUGUUUGCGUGGAGGUGCUGGAGGUCACUGCACAGUCCUUCAAGGGAAUUUUUUGUUCAAGGCACGGAGGCCGAUUGGGGCUGAUGUUUUCUCCCGCAGACAAUGCCGGCUUUGCGUCCUGCAGCAGCACAUUUUUGCGGCGUGGCGGAGAGGCGGCGGCAUUUGCAACCAACGAAACGGGUUCUCGUGGGCGGCACUUGAAGGAUGAUGCCGUUACUUCCGGCAUGAUCACGGAAGCUGCGGAUUUUUUACCGAAUGAUGACGAACAUUUUUCCUCUGAGGAGGCGGCGAGGGAAAAUAAGGAGAUGAAUAUCGAUCGCAGUGGCCCGAGUGAAACGGAUGAUCAUGUGAGUGUUCAUGGCAAUGAGGGAACAACGCCAGAGGAACUUGUGGCACUCUCGACAUUCCACACUAUUCUUCUGGAGGGACGAGAGAUGGAUCUGGACACGGGGCAGAAGACAUGGCUUGGAAUGGACGUUAUUCUGGUGGAAUGUAGAAGUGAUGGGCACCAACAGGAGGGUUCAAGUAUUGACUGCGACGAUAUUGUUCGUGUGUUGGCUGCGGAACGACUGGAUUUACGCCUACAUUCUUUCAUGUCGUGUGGUAGCACCGAGAGGGAGGAUCCACAGUCUUUGCAGAAAUCAUCAAGAGCAGGAGUGGCAUCGUCUCUCUACAGUGCCGCUGAUUUCACGGUGGCGCUCUCUUGCGUUUCUUCAGGUGUUGUCACCGUUCGUCUGCACGUUGUUAUACUCGAAUCAUCUCCCCCUUUUAUUCAUGAGGGAAAUGACACUAACCGUAAUGAUGAUUAUGAUGGUGAGGAUGCGGAAACACGGUGCAUCGCUCCACGCUUUUUUUUUGCCGCCGAUGGCCAUGGAAAGGACAGGAUCAGUUCCUUUGGUGACCGUGUCUCUGCAGUGGGUGGUAAAGUUUAUAGAAUGGGAGGGAAGGUAUACGAGUGGGAUGCUCAGGAGCUGCAACGCGUACGUUCUUCCUCUUCUUCUUCUACCGCAGGUGCCGUUGCGUUCAGUAUUCCACGGCUGAGAUGCUUUAAAUGGAAAACGGUGAAAACGAAGUCAGGGAACGUGUCUCAUCCCACGGCCCUUCCAUGGCAAUGGCGUUACCGUCUUGGGCACACAACAUGGGUCUAUGACAACAGGUACAUCAUGGUGCAUGGUGGCAUCUGCGUGAGCCAAGUUGGAGGACGAACACCACCACCGCUCUUUAAAAGAAGAGAUGGGAGGGGAAGAAGAAAUCGAAGGUGUCGCUUUACAAGUUGCAUUUUUAAUCGUGUGGCAGAGUCACUUGUCCAUGACGCGUCCUCCGCCGUUUUUUGUUACGACACGAAAGAGCAUAGCUGGGCGGUGAUGGAAACCGAGGAAGGCGACAUGGGUAAAGCGAGAGUCAAUGGUGAAAAGGUGUCGUGUCAGCAUGUGUUUCACUCCAAUGUACUCAUUCAAGAAAAGGUUUGGUGCUUUGGUGGCUGUCGUGUGGCGGGAAAAACGCGUGAAGAUGGCGAUGAAUUUGGGGACGCGAAGGAUGCAGCGUGGAUGACACAAAAAAAGGCACAUGCGUGCCGAGGCCUUCUCUCCAAUGCGUUGACAUGCCUCGAUCUUCCCACACGUCACUGGAGUAUUGUGGAGCCGGUGGCGCAGAUGACAAGCCGUGCAAUUUCUCCCGAUCGCACCAUUCCCUUCUUCUCUGCUGUGAAAACACCACUGAUGUCUUCUUCACCGCUUCCUGUGAUGUGUCACACGGCGGUGGGGUGGAAGGAUCAGAUGUUUGUUUUUGGCGGCCUACAAGAGGUGGUGGAAGGCGAAGGCACCGUGCUCAGGCCCUCCAAUGCGCUCUACAUGUUCCACACGAUCCGACUCUCGUGGUGGUUGCUCUCCCCACCAAAUGCUGUGGACGCUGUUGUUGUUGCUGAUGAUGGCGGCGUCGGCGGCGGAGGGCUCAACCUUAGUAAUGACGACACGGGGCGUCGUAGGAAUUGGCCCUCCGCGCGUUACGGACAUGCCGCGGCCAUUGUGCCUGAACACCCUCACGGUGCCUUUAUUAUCCUGGGGGGCGCCACAUGUCUUCCUAUGAAUGGGAAGAAAAGCGGGGAGUUGACGUUUGAUUGCGCGUUGGAUGAACUGCUGUGGGUAUAUUACGCAGCAUUUGGCUACUGGCAGCGGAUUGAGGUCCCGUCAUUUGUUCCACUCACUCGGCGUGUAUUUUCAUCCCUACAAAUUGUGAGGUUAACAACAGGAGAACCGUGGAUUUCGUACGUUAUUGUCAUUGCCGGUGGAUGUGACGCCUCUUUUCUGGAGAAACAGCAGCGGCAGGAGCCACAUGCAGAGGAGGAAGCCAUUGAUAAGAAACAGGGCACAGGGCUGUCCGUGGAUGCCAAUGGGGAUACCUGUAGAGGUGAUGAUAUUUCUUGCGUUUCAUUGGCAAAUGGAGCGAUUCGACACGUGUUUUUUACUGUUCUCACUUCCCCACAGUUGGAAACAGCGUGGGCCUCACUGGAGGAGCGUGGCCUUUGGCAGGUGUCAGUGAAAAAUCGAACAUGA